AUGACUCACAUUCCGUCAUUACACACACCAAAAAAGCCUCAUGCCAUCUUCAUCCCCUACCCGCUGCAAGGCCACGUGAUCCCAUCCGUUCACCUAGCCAUCAAGCUCGCAUCAAGAGGCUUCGCCAUCACCUUCAUCAACACCCACUCCAUCCACCACCAGACCGCCAAAGCCUAACCCGACACCACCGCCGUCGGCGACGAUGACAUGUUCUCCGCCGUCCGCCAAUCAGGCCUCGACAUACGCUACACCACCGUGUCCGACGGCCUUCCCCUCGACUUCGACCGCUCCCUCAACCACGACCAGUUCAUGGCCGCCUUGUUGCACGUGUUUUCAGCACAUGUGGAUGAGGUGGUGGGGAAGAUGGUCAGCUCCGCGCAGCCACGAAUCACUUGUUUGAUUGCCGAUACUUUCUUUGUGUGGCCUUCAGAGAUUGCAAAGAAGUUCGGGUUGUCUUACGUUUCUUUCUGGACAGAGCCUGCUUUGGUGUUUACCUUGUAUUAUCAUCUCGACCUUCUUCGGAAGAAUGGUCAUUUUGCUUGUCAGGAUAUUGGAAAGAACACCAUAGAUUACAUACCGGGCGUCCGAGCUAUUGAACCAAAGGACAUGAUGUCGUAUCUUCAAGAAACCGAUACAUCAUCGGUGUGUCAUCAAAUCAUAUUCAAGGCGUUUCAGGAUGCUAGGGGUGCUGAUUUCGUUCUAUGUAACUCGGUGGAAGAGCUUGAAUCCGAGACAAUAUCAGCCCUACGUGAAGAAAUGCCAUUCUUUGCCGUCGGUCCCAUUUUCCCAUCUGGGUUCACCAAGAGCUGCGUGCCCACCAGCCUGUGGUCCGAGUUGGACGGCAACCAAUGGCUCAAUAAUAAGCCCCACGGCUCAGUCUUGUACAUCUCAUUCGGUAGCUAUGCCCACACUACAAAAAGGGACCUCGUAGAAAUAGUUAAUGGGCUUUCACUUAGCAAAGUCAACUUUGUUUGGGUGCUCCGGCCAGAUAUUGUGAGCUCUGUGGAUGCUGAUCCGUUGCCCGUCGGAUUUAGAGAGGACAUCGGUGACCGUGGGAUGCUCAUGCCUUGGUGCUGUCAGAUUGAAGUGUUGGCCCACCCAGCGAUCGGAGGGUUCCUAACCCAUUGUGGGUGGAACUCAAUAUUAGAAAGUAUUUGGUGUAUAAUUCCAUUGUUAUGUUUCCCUUUGCUAACCGAUCAAUUCACUAAUCGAAAAUUAGUUGUUGAGGAUUGGAAUAUUGGGAUUAACUUAAGCAAUGAAAUGUUGAACAGUAAGGAGAACGUUUCAUUGAAUAUUAACCGUUUGAUGGGUGGAAAAUCAGGGGAUGAGUAUAGGAAAGCAAUCAGCCAGGCGAGGCAGAUAUUGGAAAAUGCGUUGACGCCAAACGGAACAUCAGAAAAGAAUCUGGACCAGUUCAUGAAAGAUCUAACGGCUAGGAUACAAGGAAGAGCUGAAAUGGUACAUAUUCAUUGA